AUGGUAUUAGAAGCUACUGUACUAGUUGUUGACAACUCUGAAUACUCCAGAAAUGGUGAUUUUCCAAGAACCAGAUUUGAAGCUCAGGUAGAUGCUGUCGAGUUUCUAUUUCAAAAUAAAAGAAAUGAAAACCCUGAAAAUAAUGUUGGUUUAAUAGCAGCAGCAGGUGAUAAUCCUGUUGUAUUGUCCACAUUCACAUCAGAAUUUGGUAAAAUAUUGGCAGGAUUACACGAAAUUACAAUUGGUGGUUCUAUCCACUUAGGUACAGCAAUCCGUAUAGCUGAUUUAACUUUAAAGCAUCGUCAAAAUAAACAUCAACGAGAGAGAAUCGUCGUGUUUGUAUGUAGUCCAAUCUUAGAUACAAAAGAAGAAUUAGUAAAAUUAGGUAAGAAACUAAGGAAAAAUGGUGUUACCGUUGAUAUCAUUAACUUUGGAGAAAUCGAACAAAACACAGAAAUAUUAGAAGCAUUUUUUGAAGCAGCAGGAGAACCUACUGCAACAGAAGGUUGUCAUUUAGUUACUUUAAAACCAGGCCCAAGAUUGCUGUAUGAACAAAUUGCCACGUCGUCAAUCAUAUUAGGCAACAACCACACAGGUGACGCCAAUGAUUUCAAUGACGUUAACAUGGGCGGUGAGAGUGCAUUUAUGGAUUUCGGUGUAGAUCCAUCAAUGGAUCCAGAAUUAGCGAUGGCUUUACGUCUAUCUAUGGAGGAAGAACAACAAAGACAAGAAAGAUUAAGACAGCAAGAGCAACAACAGCAAGAGCAAAGUAAUGGCAAUAAUGAAUCUGAGACUAAAUAG